AUUCAGUAGCUGUUCAAAUUCAAGAACGACAAUGUCGGUGAGGCCGCCUAAAAUCGUUGUGAAUGAUGCUGAUCAGCCGGGCAGCCCAGAAUCACCUAAUUCAGUCGUUUCAUUUUCUGAUGAUGUUGUCCUUCAGAAGGCUAAAGACAGUAGCAGAACACCUUCUGUUGCUAAGAGUCAUAGCUAUCAUGAAAUAGAAAACAAACAGUUUUUAGAAAAACAGGAAAAGAUUACUCCGGCCAGACUGCAGAAAAUAUCUUUGAUAAGAUGGCUAGUGAACUUUCUAGUGGGCGCUUACGUCGCAGUAAUAGCUUUCCUGGUAUAUAUCCUUAUCAAGUACAUCUCGAAAGCGAAGUUUUUAGGCCUCUAUGCUUUAACUGAAAAAUGCGAAGGAAAAACAUGGGCUUGCCUAUUCCUCCCAGGGUUCGUUUGGGUUCUUAUCAAUUGUGCUCUUAUCACUUUGGGAUCAUAUUUGGUUACUUAUCAUGCUCCACAUGCUGCCGGAAGUGGAAUUCCUCAAAUUAAGUGUUACCUAAAUGGAAUUCGGCUACCUGGACUUCUCAGCUUAAAGACAAUGAUCGCAAAGGCUGGAGGAGUUGUCCUCUCAGUAACAGGAGGCUUAGCCUGUGGAAAAGAAGGACCUAUGAUACACUCUGGUGCAAUUUGUGCUUCCGGAAUGGCUAGAGGAGAUUUUUCAGUAGGGAAAUGUAAGGCAGAAAUAAAGGCGUUUAAGCCGCUAAGAAGUGAUCCAGAGAGAAGAGACUUUGUUGCUGCGGGUGCUGCUUCAGGGGUUUCAGCUGCAUUUGGAGCACCAAUAGGCGGAGUUUUGUUCAGUUUGGAAGAGGGCGCUAGUUUUCUUAGUCAAGUGCUAACUUGGCGAAUGCUCUUCUCCUCUAUGACUGCCUCUCUGUUACUAAACAUUUUCAUGAGUGCUUUGAAGGGACAUCCUGAAAACAUGUCAAAUCCAGGUCUCGUUAGCUUCGGCAUGAUGGGAGACAUUAGUUACAAGACGUUUGAACUUCCCAUUUUUAUGGUUAUGGCUCUUAUAGGAGGCUUAUCAGGAGCAGGAUUCAAUUUUUUAAACUAUCACAUAACCGUCUUAAGAAGAAAAUACAUUAAGGAAAAUUGGAAGAAAGUUGCCGAAGCCGUUUUGGUUGCUGCCAGUAGCGCCAUCAUUCUCUUAGUGAUGAUUUUUUCCGUCCCAAAUUGCUCUCCAGUUAAAGGAUAUAACGCAACAAGUACUGAAAAUAUGACGAGUCAUUCUAUUCAUAAAAGAGCCGCAGUUCAAGAAAAUAGUCAUGGAAAUGACAACCACAGCGAUAUGCAUACUAUUCACUAUGGUGAACAUGGAGACCACGGAUAUAUGUUUAGAGGCAAUUGUCCAUAUGGUCAACAUAAUAGGAUGGCUGAUAUAUUAUUUAAGACACCCGAGGGAGGUUUACACGCUAUGCUACACGAACCCUGGGAUUAUUGGGAUUUUAAGACCUUGGCAAUACUAUUCGUUGUUUAUCAUCUAUUAGCAACUUGGACAUAUGGCCUUAUGGUCUCAAGCGGUGUAUUUAUCCCUUCUCUUCUAAUUGGAGGUUUAUAUGGUAGAAUAAUUGGUAUGGCUGUAAUCAAACUACUACCAGCGGCAGGAACAAAUAUUGGUAAAUAUGUUCUUGUUGGAGCUGCUUGUCAAUUGGGUGGCACAGUAAGAAUGACUAUUUCUCUUACGGUUAUUGUAAUUGAGUGCACAGGAGACAUUACUUUUGGAUUACCUAUUAUGUUGAGUCUUAUAAUUGCAAAGUGGAUGGGUGAUUUCUUUAACCCAGGAAUCUACGAUUUACAUAUCGAAAUAUUAGGAAUUCCCCUUCUACCUUGGGAGCCUCCAGAAAUGUGCUAUGAUGUAAAAGCUAGGGAUGUUAUGUCAACACCUGUCUUUACUAUGAGAAAGACAGAAUUGGCUAAUCGUGUUCACCAAGUGCUUAACGAAGGAGAAUACUUAAACGGUUUUCCAGUUGUUAGAGAAUAUGAAACUGCUGAUAACGAAAAGGCCUAUUCUACUUAUGGAAAACUUUGCGGUUUUAUAACCCAAGAGCAAUUGAAGGCAGCCUUAGAGCAACACGAUCAACAUUACUCUGAUUUGGAGGCUACUAUCGAUUUGGAACCAUUUAUGGACACUGGUCCCUUUACAAUCUUGGAAGAUGUUUCACUGCCAAAAAUAUUUAAACUAUUUAGAGGAUUAGGAAUGCGUCACUUGACAGUUGUAGACGAAGAUAAUAGAGUAAUUGGAAUAAUUACUCGGCAAGAUCUGGCAAGAUAUCGAAGUGAAGUUCAUAAAGGAAAAUUCAAGUUUGAAGAACUUCAUGUUAUAAAAGAAUAA